AAGAAGAAGAAGCCCGAUGAAGCCGAUGCUUUGCGGGGCGGGGAGGGGGUGUGGGGCACCUCGACCCGCGCGCAGAGCCUGGGUCUUGUAGAGGGCAGCAGUCUCAAGCUGGAUCGCGGAGAGCUGCCCGGUCCUCUACAAAUAUUCCUCCUCCUGCAACACACUGGAGGGCGGGGCUGGAUGCUUGACAGCCACUCUCUGAGACCAAUGAAAAGCCGGUGUUCCCCGGGAACCUUCCAAUCUCCGCAUCCCGGGCGGGGUCUGAAGGGUCGAAACCGGAGAGAUAAUCCCCAAAAAAUGACAUGUAGACUGUGGCGGAGCUGGGAGCGAGCGGGACGCUGAGGGAAGAAAAAGAAGUGAGAAGAGGCGCUCCGUUUGCUCGCAGAGCCAGUGCGCAGACAAUUACGCACGCUUGCCACUUUGGAUGCUCCAGCGCGGACUUUUUGUGCCUCUUGUGGAAAUGGAGCCGCAUUCUUGAGUCAGUCUCAAGAAGGCAUUUGUUCUCAGUAGUUGAUGAGAGCAGUGAGAGCCGCUCAGGCUCCGUUUCCUGUGUUUGCCAGUGCGUUGCAGCUGGGCUGAAGAAGCCCCGCAGGGCUGCCUGAGCACCGGUCCUCCUCCUCCUCCUCCUCCUCCUCUUUCUCCGCUUGAAGCCCCACAGCCAGCCCGCUGCCAAAGUCGGUGGGAGAGAGAGAAAAAGAUAAUAAUGUGCGACCUGAUGCCAGCCUCUCAGCCCCCGGAGAAAAUGGGCAAAAUGAAAAAGUUGAGGAGAACUUUGUCAGAGAGUUUCCGGAGUAUCGCUUUCAAGAAAGAGGACAGCAGCUUUGAUGAGAUAUGUGUCACAAAGAUGUCCACACGCAGCUGCCAGGGAACAGACUCUGUCAUCAAGCCCCUGGACACCAUCCCUGAAGACAAGAAAGUGAGAGUUCAGCGCACGCAGAGUGGCUUCGACCCAUUUGAGAAGCCCGCCAGUCAGGUGAAAAGGGUCCACUCUGAGAACAAUGCCUGCAUCAACGCCAAGAGCUCAUCUGCUGGCAAAGAGUCCCCCAAACUGCGCCGCCACUCCAGCCCUAGUUCUCCCACCAGCCCCAAAUUUGGAAAGGCAGAUUCCUAUGAAAAGCUGGAGAAACUGGGAGAGGGUUCAUAUGCUACAGUUUACAAAGGAAAGAGCAAGGUGAAUGGAAAACUAGUGGCUUUGAAGGUGAUUCGACUGCAAGAAGAAGAAGGAACACCCUUCACAGCCAUAAGGGAAGCAUCUCUUCUGAAAGGCCUGAAGCAUGCUAACAUCGUCCUCCUUCAUGACAUCAUCCACACCAAGGAAACCCUAACUCUGGUUUUUGAAUAUGUGCACACAGACCUGUGUCAGUACAUGGACAAACACCCUGGAGGACUGCAUCCAGACAACGUCAAGCUCUUCCUGUUCCAGUUGCUGAGAGGUCUGUCCUACAUCCACCAGAGGUACAUUCUUCACCGCGACCUGAAACCCCAAAACCUCCUCAUUAGCGACACUGGAGAGCUGAAACUCGCCGACUUUGGCCUGGCCAGGGCCAAGUCGGUCCCCAGCCAUACCUACUCCAACGAGGUGGUGACCCUGUGGUACCGGCCUCCAGAUGUCCUGCUGGGAUCCACAGACUACUCCACCUGCCUGGACAUGUGGGGAGUGGGCUGCAUUUUCAUUGAGAUGAUCCAAGGAGUGGCUGCAUUUCCUGGGAUGAAGGACAUCCAAGACCAGCUGGAGAGAAUAUUCCUGGUCCUUGGCACUCCAUCUGAGGAUACGUGGCCUGGUGUUAACUCCCUGCCUCACUUUAAACCAGACCGCUUUACAGUGUACAGCGCAAAGAAGCUCAGACAAGCUUGGAAUAAGUUGGGCUAUGUGGACCAUGCUGAGGAGUUGGCCUCCAAGUUCCUCCAGUGCUUCCCAAAGAACCGGCUGUCAGCUCAGGCGGCACUGAACCAUGAAUACUUCAGCAACCUUCCUCCACGGCUCUGGGAGCUGCAGGACAUGUCUUCUAUCUUCACCGUACCAAAUGUCAAGCUGCAGACAGAGAGCGGGGACAGCAUACAGGUGUGUGCACGAAGGAACAGUCAUGGAAAGGCAUCCUCUGGCAGCAAACACUGACCUGAGGCAGCAUCCUGCACACGACUGCCUGACAGGUGGCUGUUGUGGAAAAGAAAAGACGAAGAGCGAUGCUGACAUUGAGGAUCCAGAGACACGAAAGAGCCCCAGUUCUCUUUAUUUAUUACCGUCACGAUACGUUGGUGUGGGUGUGUGUGUGCGCGCGGGUGUGUCUGUGCAUCAGGAAGAGAACGAGCAUAGAGCAUGUGUGCAUUCUGAUCGGUACCUAAGAUUUAAGGCUAUCAUUUGCAAAUUUUGUUUACUUUUUAUAAGGUUCCAAUAAUUCAUAUAUCAUUGUCUAAGUAUAAACAAAAGGACUUUACUCUUGGUACAUAUUGUGUUUUGUGUUUGUAACUAGCCUCCUAUUUAAGAAUGUAUAUUUGUAUGUAUGAUAUACUCAUCUAGAAACUAUAUAAUGGACAGUUUUAAUAUUGCUUCAUCUCGUCACCACUAUACUGCUCUUGCCAUUACAUCCAUGCACACGAGCAUCUCUGAAACAGAAGUAAUGCAGUCACUUCAAAGAAAACAACGAAUGCUAAAGUUUUUCAUUUCUGUUUAUCUCUCAUUUGUGGAACUAUAGGAUAAAACAGUAAUAAUGACGUUAUAAUAAUGACGUUAUAAUAAUGACGUUAUAAUAAUGACGAUCACAGAGGGCUUUCAGGUAGCCUACUCUGGCAGCCAUAUUGGAGGUCCUCGGUUCUUUUGUAGCUUAAACUGCACCUGCUUUAAAGCUUUAAUUCAUUAAUUAAUGGACUCACAACAAAGAAGCUAAAAGUUUCAAAACCCAUGUAAAUAAUAACGCUCGAAUCUGGUCGAAAUAGUAGAUAAGACUCUUUGUCAGAUGUUUAUCAUGCUGUGUGAGUUCAUGUUACAGGCUUACUUUGGUUGUUCUGACCAGGAUUUUCAUCAGUUGUCUGAAUAUUCAUCUCACAGUACUGUGACAGGGUAGAAGAAGAAGAUUAUCAUGGACUGCUUGGUCAACCCGUGCUUAGACUGAAAUACGUAUGGGUUUUGGGAGCUUUUCAGCUCCAGUCUACUGUUCCUGUGACCUACCAAGGCUUUUAUCUGCAUACUUGACCCCAGGUUGUUCAAAUAGACACGAAUUUGACAUCAGAUGCCCUACCUGACACAUUUAUUCCCGUCACUAGGAAAACUCCAGCUGUGACUCCUUGAGGCUGAAUUUGUGGCUCUUCUGAGUCUCAAACUGCAGAGCUGAGGCAAAUGUGUUAACCACUACACAGUGGUGUAAAAACCACUGGGCCAAAUGUCACGAACCCAGAAUUUGAACCAAAGACCAUAAAAUAACCUUUAAUAUUUGAUGUGGACCAACAUUUGGCUGAUGCUCAUUCUUUUCCAUGAUCUCAUUGUAAUCUCUCCUGCUACAUUGGUUUGCAGCCUGCAGCUGUUUAUCUGGACAAACCAACUAAUGAAGGAAAACAGCAUUAAUGAGAAUUACCUGUGGCUGGUUUGUCCGAACACAGUCCAGAUUUGCACACUUUUAAAUAUAAACCUGCCUAUUGCUGAAGCUCUGACAAAUCUAUUUUUAUUUGUAUGAUAUUAUCAGAGUUCAAAAAAGGACACUAAUGAGCAUGUGCAGAGGUAACAGUGAGCAGCUGAAAUGAAAAGGCCUUAGGAUCUGGUAUCCAGCUCGUAAGUACGUGUCAGCUCGUAAUGCUGACGUUUGGCUUCUCUCUUUUGAAUUGAAUCCAAGUAAGACAUGGAUUCUUGUAUUUGCAAUAAAAAGUGGGUGUUAUUAUGGGUGACCUGUUGUAUGUAAUUGCACUUUGAAAUGGGUUUGUGAGUAAUAUUCUCUCAGAGUCCAUGAGAGUAAAGGCCAAAACUUCCAAAGUAAGGCCCCAUUUGUAGGGAAAUUCUAGCAGUUUGAUAUUUCAGUGGACCUCCACGAUGGAACCAGAUGCAACUAAUACUGAUUGUGUUUUCCACCUUGAAAAGCCUCUCAUCAGAACGAUCUCUGCGGACGAUGUUGACAGUGUACAAAACUCUACGGGGACGACACCAACCAGUGUGCGCAUAGACGCAAUACUGUGUUUAACAACAGCUGGUUAAUGGAAAUGCAUGCGUGUGCUAGUGUGUGUGAGUGUAUUAAACAUGGGCAAUAGCAAAGCACUGGUGCUUCCAUCCAUGUAUAUGAGCUAAUGUACAAAAGGCACAGGCAGUGUGGCCUGUUAUCUGAUCCUGCCCUCGACAAUCCUCCUUUUCACUUUUACUGUUACUAACAAAGAAUCUGCAAUAUUCUAUCAGACAGACGAUCUGUGUCACUAAGUUAUUUUUAAGCUUCUACGUUACAGAUCUGGAAUUUUUUUUCUCUGAAAAAUUUGAAUAACUGAUUUGUAGUGUGUGUGUGUGUGUGUGUAGAGUAGAUACACAUAGUAGGAGGUGGUGAUUAACUCUGAUCAGUCCCUAUAACACCAACAUGUGCUCUCAAGCAGAGACAUUCCCAAACUGUGUGCCCGUCAACGUGUUUUGGAAUAUUUUAUGACACAGUGAUGAAGGUGAGCUGUAUGCUGUCAAAGAUCUUCUACUGGGUUUUUGUCUUUCUUCUGUUGUUUUGUGUGCAAAUAUCUGAAUAUUUCAGCUUAGAUGUGUGGUGAUGAUGUGAAGGACAAUGGCUUCCUCUUUACCAGUCCAUUUGAAAGCGACUGAAACAAUAAUAUUGGCCCUGCACUGUUGAUUAGCCAAAAAUCUGAAGCCAUGGACAAAUGGAAACUGUGGAUGCUUCUAAUGUGACUCCACAGCCUCUCAAACACACACAUAAUAAAGAUGUCUUGCCUGCCAGAUUAUUUCUUCACAGCCAUCUAGACCUGGCAUCUAGAAAACCCUGCAACCCCUACGUGCGCUCUCUUGGCUGAUUUUGCAGACUGUUUUCAUGUCUUUCUUCCAUACAGUGCUUACAUAAUGUAAUAAUCCCUCUUCUUCAUGCCAACCAUGUGGUGAACCAUGUUGAAAGAGUGAGCAUUCAAAGCUCAGCUGUAGCUAGCAUGAAGCUUUUACAGUUGGCUACUUCAGUUAUUACAAUACGUACGUUUUUUAAGGAGCUGUGCGCCACUGGGUUGGAAUGCCUGUGUUCUUCUGUUAUGCACUGGCUUUGCCCUUAAUGAUUAAUAUAUGACUAUAAAUAAAUAUACCCUUGCUUUGAGCAAACCAGCCUUCCUCACAAAUGUAAAUAUUGUCCCUUGGUUUUAACUUUUAUUGCAGAUAGGGGAGAACUCGUGGAAGUGCUGUACUCUGAGUUAUCUCGCGGCUUUUCAGUGUCAUCCCCGGGCUGUGAUUGUGCAGCAGGAAAAAAGGAGAGGCAAGGCGGUGGGUAAUGCCAGUAAGCAGCGUGACAGAAGAGGGUUAAUACCAUCGAGCUGUGCUAAGAUUGCCCAGCCUCGCUUGGCUUUAAGGGAUUGCAGGCAGUAUUAGCAGCUGAAUAAUUAUUUUUGCUAUGUUUCUCCUUGUGUGCACACUUUCAGUGUGGCUCACAUUCAUUCAUUCAUUCAGCCCAACCCCCACGCCCCAAUGCUCUUCUUUUAGGCUCGAGAGCCUGGAGUCUUGUAAAAAACGUAUAUUUUUGAGUCCUGUGCAGGCAGAGUUCAAGCUCUGUUUAAACUUGAAUGUGCUUCAUAUCUUUCAUAUAAAGCCCAGUGAAGGAACGACUAGUUGGAAUUGCACAUUUAGCACUGUGACAGAGAAGAAAGAGAGAUUGAUAACGUAGUGCUUUUUCAUCUUCGAUGGAGUGAAAAAGUGACGCUUCCACUAUGUUUGUAUACAGGGUUACAAGUGUCCCCUUAAUGCUGUUAAAGAAAAGUCAUAUAUGACUGUACAUAUAUGAUGAGUAUAAAUAUAAGGCAUCUAUUUUUGAGAUUCUUUGUCGUGUGGGCAGAAGUCGUACGAAUAGGAAAAACAUAUAGGUUGGAGCCAACGUGCAUCCUCGCUGUGCUCAAUGAUGAGUCUGUGUUUGCAACUUUUUCUGUAAAGCUUCUCUUCACGUUUGGAUUUUUCUUUUUGUAUGCUGCACUGAAAAUAUGUCAUUUUCACAAGUGGUUUGGAAAACAGAAGUGUCAGUCACUUCAUCAAGUGAAAUAUUAUAGUAUACAGUAGAGUAGCUGUUGCAUUAUUUGUUACGAAAUGUAUGUAAUGUUAUUAUGGAAGAUGUAAUGUCCUUCUGUAAAUGUUGUUUAAUGUUUUACCUGAAAUAAAAAUUUAUUAAUGCUUCA